CGAUACACGCUUUGAUAUCACAGUCAUACGUGUCACACAUCACUAGGCUGCAUGCUAUGUUGUAGGCGGCAGUAGAGAGGCGCAGCAGCGCUGUUGUGUCGUCAUCAUUACCAGCGAGAGACGGGCAGCGCACAGCCGCACACUGAGCGCAGCGCAGCGCAGGAAUGGAGCUGUGAACUACGUCUGCAUCAGCGAGGGCCUGAUAAUGGCCAGUCGAGGAUGCUAGCAUUACCAUGGGCAGCGUCACUCUGCGCUACUUUUGUUAUGGAUGUCUCUUCACUUCUGUGACCUGGUCAAUUCUUCUCUUCCUGUACUUCAACCUCAGUCAGGACGCCCACGUGUCCUUUAGAAAUGUGCCCAUCCAGGGGCAGCACCGAUUCCAGCCUCGCUUCACCCACGGUCCGGUGGUCCAGCUGAGAGACGAUGGUCAGGCCCGCAGAGGCCAUGCAGCGGAGGCUGCCAAACCAGACCUGUCUCCAGAGCUGGGAAUGAUUUUUAACAAGCAGGAUCAAGAGGUACGAGACAAGGGCUAUCACAGACACGCCUUCAACGUGCUCAUCAGUAACCGCCUCGGAUACCACAGAGACGUCCCUGACACCAGGAAUGACAAGUGCGGAGACAGGAGCUAUCCCAUGGCCUUGCCCUCGGCCAGCGUGGUCAUCUGCUUCUUCAAUGAGGCGUUCUCUGCGCUCCUGAGGACUGUUCACAGCGUGCUGGAUCGCACACCAAACUACCUGCUCCAUGAGAUCAUACUAGUGGAUGACCACAGUGAACUAGAUGAUCUGAAGGAAGAUCUGGAUGUUUACAUUCAGCAGCACCUGCAGAAGAAGGUGAAGCUGGUUCGUAAUGAGAGGAGGGAGGGACUGAUCCGCGGGAGAAUGAUCGGAGCAUCUCACGCUACAGGUGAGGUGUUGGUGUUUUUGGACAGUCACUGCGAGGUGAACGAGGUGUGGCUGCAGCCGCUGCUCACACCUAUCAAACAAAGCAGAAAAACGGUGGUGUGUCCUGUCAUUGACAUCAUCAGCGCAGACACACUGGUCUACAGCCCCUCGCCCAUCGUGCGAGGGGGCUUCAACUGGGGCUUGCACUUUAAAUGGGACCCUGUGCCCAUGUCUGAUCUCAACAGUCCUGAUGGAUCUAUUAGAUCUCCCACUAUGGCGGGUGGGCUGUUUGCCAUGGACAGGAACUACUUUUACGAGCUCGGUCAGUACGAUCGUGGCAUGGACAUCUGGGGAGGAGAGAACUUGGAAAUCUCUUUUCGGAUCUGGAUGUGUGGGGGUCAGUUGCUGAUCAUGCCGUGCUCCAGGGUCGGGCACAUCUUCCGCAAACGCCGGCCCUACGGGUCACCCGGAGGUCAGGACACAAUGGCCCACAACUCCCUGCGUCUGGCCCAUGUCUGGAUGGACGAGUAUAAGGAACAGUACUUUGCCUUGCGUCCUGAGCUGAGGAAUCGUGACUGUGGAGAUAUCAGUGAGCGAGUCGCCAUUCGUAAACGGUUGCAGUGUCACUCCUUCAAAUGGUACCUAGACAACAUCUACCCUGAGAUGCAAGUGUCCUCCCCGCACAAGCCCCAGCAGCCUGUUUUUAUCAACAAGGGCUUGAAGAGACCCAAAGUCCUGCAGCGGGGUCGGCUGCGUAAUAUGCUGGCUGAUAAGUGUCUGGUGGCACAGGGGCGUCCCAGCCAGAAGGGUGGCGCUGUGGUGGUGAGAAACUGUGACCCGCAGGACCCUGAGCAGGAGUGGGCCUAUGAUGAGGAGCAUGAGUUGAUUCUAGCAGGUCUGUUGUGUUUGGACAUGUCUGAGAUUCGUUCCUCUGACCCGCCGCUACUCAUGAAGUGUCACGGAUCAGGUGGAUCUCAGCAGUGGACACUGGGGAAGAACAACUGGCUGUACCAGGUGUCAGUGGGUCAGUGUUUGGCUGUUGUCGACCCUCUCAGCAUCAAAGGAUACGUUGCCAUGGCGAUCUGUGAUGACUCACAGUCUCAACAGUGGCAGUUAGAGAGUUGAGGAUGCUGUUAGUGUGAAGAACAGCUAGUAUAGAGCGCCCCCACCAGCUGAAUGAACUCCGAACCUCGCUGAUCCAGACCUGUUGCAGGUUCUGUUGGUCUGCUGUGAGGACAGUUUGAGCACUGCUACAAGGCAGUGUCAGCCUUGGUGUGAAACGUCAUGUUCCUGUAAUCUUUACUCAGAAACAUCUAUUUUUAGAGAGUAUUUUAAAAGUAUUUGUACGUUUUAAUAAGUUUUAAUUUGCUCUUUGUAAUGUAACCAAUUUGCACAGAGAAAUUCUAUUUUAAUUGUAUUACAGUUAGAUGUGUAUUAAUAUAAUCAUUGUCUGCUAGAUUUGACCAUUUCAUAUUAAUAACAUUUAUGAAUGCAGUGUGUAUUGGCAAUGGCAUUAUACCUGUAUUUGUCCUUUCAGUCAAGUUCAAUUCAAGAGUUUUUAAAGCCAGUCAUUUUGCUUUUCUUUGGUCACUGGAUUUACCUUGAAGCUGUACAACUCUAAAUUUAUUGGGUCUUUCUCUGAUUGUUUUAGUGGUGAGUGCUGGUAAAAUGAAAAGGGGGUUUAGUAGAAUAGCUGAAUUAAUCAAAUCUAUAUUCAUCAGCUACUUUACUACAGUUAGUAUUAUAGUACAUGAGAGUGCAAUUGAUCAAGAAAUGCUGAUUUUUGACUUGUUUUGCCCUCUAAAUGGUUAAAUAACCAAGCAGUGCCAUCAGCUAUAAAGCUCAAAUGUGAAACGUAAGCAUGUGCUAUCAUUUGCUGGAAUGGACAAAAACAAAGAAUCUCCAAAUUAUUGUUUAACCUAAAGGAUUUUAGAUCUGUUGAGGUUUGAGUAUUUUUCAGCAGUUAAUUAUUACUUUGAUUUUAGUAGCAAUUGUUUGUGUUGAUGCUAAAGGCAUUGUUUAAUAAUAGACAUGAUUUGAAGUACUCUUAUUUUACCCAGUGAACUGUCCCUUUAUAGAUACAGUAGGAGUUAAAAACAACCAUAAAUAUUUGCAAGUCCAAUGUGAAUGUAAUUUUGAUUAAACUGCACUUACUGUCCUUUUGUACUGGAUGAUACCAAAUAAAAGUGUUAUCAGUGUUA